AUGUCCGGAAAUCGAGGAAAAUCUAGAAAAGGAAACACAAGUGCAAGUUCUUCUCAACUUGCACCAAGACCGGAGCGGAUUCCUGAACCCUUGAGGAAUUCUGUCGAUUCACUCAUCACCUCUUUCGACUCUUCUCAGGGAUGGAAAGACAUGGGUAUUCCCAACAUGGUGCCUUCGAUAGGUGAUGGUUUUAUUCAAUGCUUGGGGAAUUACCUCACUGUUCCUGAAACAGAAACGUUCAUGACACUCCAACCGGCUGGUACCGAUUUGGCCUUCCUUAAAGCGGCAUCGGACGAGAAGAAGCUGGAGGACGAGAAUACAUCGACCAGCUCUGUUGGUGAAGCGAAAAAGUAA